AUCCCAGCUUGGCGAUCCAUACUUUGUUCUUCAAAACAUGGCCGAAGUUUCCAGGAAAAAGGUCCACUUAAAACAUGCAAAAAGAAGGCUCGAGGCUCUCAAUUUCUUGACUAACAUUUCACUCGACGGCACUCUACCUUCGCAAGAACAACCUGAAAAACUUAGCAAAGAUUCGAAUAAAUUUGAUGUGGAGAAUGGCACCGAUUUUGGGACCAAAUAUCCGGAGAAUUCUCGCAGCGAGAAAGACGCUGCAACUGGAGCGACAUCUACCGCGACAGGCACGGGGCUGAAUCAAGUUAGGUCUGCGGUGGACACACCCAAUAGUAGCAUGGGGAAUCGAACUCGAUCCCGAAGUAGGAGAACUUCUGGUGGUGAAAAGAGUCCCCCUUUUAGCUCUUACAAACAUGAUUCACCCUUUUAUCAUUCGAGCAGUAGUUUUUCAGGGACCAGUUCCCAUGAAUACUCCAAGAGGCGUCUCUUUCACCAUCAGCAGUCGACUGACUUCUCAGGCUCGCUCACGCUGGUGGCGGAGGGAGAGACCUGUAUGCUGCCCUCUAACCAGGCCCAGUGCUAUAUCGAGUCUCCCAAAGAGCGAUCCCCGCCCGCGGGAUUCCAGAUUCCAGUGGCUAAAACAUUCCGUCAGCGCAUGUGUAAAAACGAAAGAAUGUUGCUUGUUACGCCCAACCAUUCACCCUUCGUGAUGUACUCUCUCUUGCCAUACACCAGACGAAGUCAGCUUGGAAUCUACAGGAAGAAUUCUGAAGCUGGGACUUUUAUACGGACGAGACGUACGUCAGGGAGCAAACCACUGACAGUCCGGAGCGAUGACUUUCUGGCCACGCUAGAUGGGGUGGAGCUUGGUGUUGAAGGCACUGUGGUAUCAUUCAGUCAUUUCUUAGUACCAAGCCGAGACAUCAGUCUGAUUCUGUUUCGUAGGCAACUCCAGGAAAGAGAACAGCUCUCCUCUGCAUCACCACACUCCCCCGCAAUACGCAAGAUGACCCUCACAAAUGUCUCUCCACUGCAAUGGGAUAAAAUUGAGGUUGAGGGUCAUCCCGUUGACCAUCCGUCCAUCGCUCAGCGAAUCUACGACCCUGUAGAGCUGGAUGAUCCAGAGCUCAGUCUUGGAAAGCAUCGUAAACUUCUUACAUUCUCUUCUUAUAUGGUAUCUGUGGUAGACUACACCAAGCCAUCAGAACUAAAGAAGGAACUGAAUAAUAAAUUCAGGGAACGAUUCCCAAACAUAGAUCUCAGUCUCAGUAAGCUGAGAAGUUUAAAACGUGAGAUGAAGAAAGUUUCCGACAACUGUUCUCUUGAUCCUUGGAUUUUAGCCGUCAGCUAUGUCUACUUUGAAAAGCUUGUUCUACAUCGAAAGGUCAACAAGGAGAAUCGUAAAUCAUGCUCGGGUACUUCUCUACUACUUGCAGCUAAGUUGAAUGACGUGAAAGGGGCUGACCUGCAAACUCUUAUCAAGGAUAUUGAGUCUGUGUUUCGGGAGAGCCGCAAGACCCUGAUUGCCUUUGAGUUCCCGAUCCUGGUAGCGCUAGAGUUCUCACUCCACGUGCCGGAGCAUGAAGUCAUGCCUCACUUCAAACGCAUCAUGCAGCAGUCUUGACGAGGUGGACCAAAUUCACUCUCCAUCCUGUGGGGCAUCAAUCAAUGCUGAGCACGAUCAUGUAGUUAUACUCGUAGCAGACGUCACAUAUGAACAAAAUGAGCUAGCGUCCUGCCACACUACAAAGGUAUCAUACAGCAAUGGCCCUGUCUUACAAAGAGUUGAUAUUAAUCGCAAUAAAUUUAUGUAUGUAUCUAAGAGAUAGGAGACCUCAAAGUUGCGAUUGAUUUGUAUCAAUCGAAACUCUUCGUAAGACGGGACCAGAUGUCCUAAAUAACAAGUUUUCUCUCUAUCUAGUGGACCAUAAAAGUGUAGCAGACAUGAUAAUUUUUGUUCUUAAACUAGCUGCAUUACAAACAUAUCAUACAGUAUUCAUGGCAAAUAAAACAGUUUCACCCUGCCACUGCUCAACCUAUCAUGUACAUGCCUGCUACAUGUACAUGGGACACGUUAUCAGAAUGGUUAUGUGAACAGGCCCGUGCUGUUGAGUCGCGAAAUCGAAGUAGUUUUUUUUUGUUAGACGGAGACUUGCGUGGAGACGUGACAUGGUCAGUAAAUUUCACGUCAUAGAUCAAAAGGGUUGUGCAAAUUGAAAAGCUCCCUACUGUAAGUGGAUGACACCAACCAAACCAUGGCCAAAGCAGAGUAUCAGUCCUAGAAAGGAUUUAUGCUGCUGCCCUCUAUGAAUUCAUCAGAUGGUAUAGGACCAUGACAUAUGUACGAAACAUCAAUCUGCAUGUACCACUCUCCACCCAGGUUUGGAAUGUGUACCUGGGAUGAAAGAAUCCUCUUAAUGCUUGAAGCACAGAUAUUAGUAGCGUAGUUAGAGCUGGGAUGAUAUUGGAGUUUGUUGGGCACUUUGCCUGGUGAAUAAUGAUAAUAAUAAUAAUAAUAGUAACAUUUAUAUGGUGUUUAAAACUAAUUUUCUAAACUACAAAAUAUAUACUCAAAUGAACUCCUGCCUUACUAAUAUGGCUGUUACAUUCAAACAAUUUCUUCCUACUAAUUACCCAUUUAUAUCACCUGGUGGACAGUGGCAAAUGUAGCUCAGUGUCUUGCCAAAGGCCAUUAGUGCCGCUUUGCU